AUGUUAUUCAAAUCAUUAAAUCAAUUAUUCAACUCUUCAUUAUCAUCAAUGAAUUCAUCAUCAGUUGUAAAUUCAUCAUCAACAUUAAAUGUUUCAUUUGAUUUAAAUUCCAUUCAAGGUACAAAUAAAUAUUAUAACAGUAUUUUUACUCGUCCACAAAUGUAUCAAUGUUUAAAACAUAUAUAUAUUAAUAUAUAA